UUUUUUUGCCAGCCGCUCCCUGAUAAAGCUUAAAAAUAGACAUCUGUUUGCUCUUAUCAUCAAAUUAGCUAAACUUGUCUUGGCUGAUAUAUUUUAAGUAAAAACUUCAAUAGAGUGGUAAAGUAUUUAAUCGGGUGGAUUUAACCUAAAGAGCAGAAGUGUCGCUCCUUUUCCGGGACUGAGGGAGUGUUUGUCCUGAGUUGUGGUGUUUGUUCCUGUGGUCCAAGGCGAUAAAAGAUGGCUGACUGCGUCAGUAAGGUAGAGCUGACUGUUUCCUGCACCGACCUUUUGGAUAAAGAUGUUGGGUCAAAGUCAGAUCCUCUGUGUGCCUUGCUGCAGAGCACAGGAGGAGACAAGUGGACAGAGCUGGGUCGCACUGAGUCCUUGAAGAACACCUCCAGUCCUUCCUUCAGUCAGCGUCUUAGGCUGGAUUAUCACUUUGAGACGGUCCAGAAUCUAAAGCUAGGGGUCUACGACAUUGAUAACGCCUCUUCUGACCUCAGUGAUGACGAUUACUUGGGAGGGGUGGAGCUGACCCUGGGACAGAUAGUUGCCAGUAAAACGCUGACUCGACCUCUGCAGCUGAAGAAAGGCAAGCCUGCUGGGAAAGGGACCAUCACAAUCACUGCAGAGGAGAUAAAGGACAACAGAGCCAUCGUGUUGGAGCUGGAGGCUAAAAAGCUUGACAAGAAGGAUACAUUUGGGAAGUCUGAUCCUUUCCUGGAGAUUUUUAAACAAGGAGAUGAUGGAAAGUGGCAGCUUGUCCACAGAACAGAGGUUGUGAAGAACAAUUUGAAUCCUACCUGGAAGAAGUUCACCGUUUCUCUGCAGACGUUCUGCUCCAGCGACCUUGAGAGACCUCUGAAGGUGGAUUGCUCUGAUCAUGACAGUGAUGGAUCCCAUGAUCUGAUUGGUUCUUUUACCACAAAAGUCUCUGAGCUACAGAAAGCCGAACAUGGCUCCCCUGUUGAAUUGGAGUGCGUCCACCCUGAGAAACAGAAGAAAAAGAAAGGUUACAAGAACUCUGGAGUUGUUUCCGUGAAAAGCUGUAAGUUGAUGACUCAGUACUCCUUCCUGGACUAUGUGAUGGGCGGCUGCCAGAUCAACUUCACUGUUGGCAUCGACUUCACUGGCUCCAAUGGUGAUCCACGCUCCCCCAACUCUCUCCACUACAUGAGUUCAGAUGGGCUGAACCAGUACCUGUCUGCUCUGUGGUCUGUGGGUCAAGUUGUCCAGGACUAUGACACUGAUAAACUCUUUCCAGCCUUCGGCUUUGGUGCCAAACUGCCUCCAGACUAUCAGGCAGCACAUCAUGAGUUUGCCCUCAACUUCAACCCAACUAACCCCUACUGCCAAGGCAUUCAGGGGAUUGUGGAAGCCUACAGGAUGGUAUUGCCUCAGCUCAGACUCUCUGGACCCACAAACUUCUCUCCCAUCAUCAAUCAUGUUGCUUCCAUUGCCUCCAACGCCGCUCAGGCCAACACCGCUUCUCAAUACUUUGUCCUUCUCAUCCUCACUGAUGGCGAGAUCACUGAUUUUGACCAGACAAGGGAUGCCAUAGUCCGGGCAUCCCGACUACCCCUGUCAAUCAUUAUUGUGGGUGUUGGGCCAGCUGACUUUAAGGCCAUGGAGCUUCUGGAUGGAGAUGACGGUAUGCUCAGGUCCACUGUGGGAGAAGCUGUAGCCAGAGACAUCGUCCAAUUCGUCCCCUUCAGGCAGUUCAAAGAUGCUCCCGUGUCGGCUCUGGCUCAGUCUGUCCUCGCUGAGGUCCCCAGUCAGCUGGUAUCUUACUUCAAAAUGAGAGGCCUUGAUCCACCAAAACAGCAACCUGCUCCCAAAUCCUAAAUGCUGCCUCCCAACAUAUUUGAAACCUAACUCCACAUUCUUGCACCCCCUUUUCCCAUAAAACUGUGGCCCUGCCCUCAUCUCAUUCCAGGCCAAGCAACUCCGCUUGACCACAGCCUACAAAACGACCAAUCACCAAGAAUCGGCAUGAUGUAUCAGCCAAUCAAAAUCAGUGCUUAGCUUGUAGCCAGUUAUGGUGCCAGGGGUAAACAGCCCUAGAUUUUUUUUAUUUAGUUUUAUAUUCCCUUUAUGUUUUUUAUUUCUACUUAAUGCAAAGUGUUAAUGAGGUAUACUGUAGGUAUAGGUGAUUAUAGGUGUAUUACUUUUGCUGCUUCCACUGUAACUAUGCACAUCACAUGCGUGAUAGUAUGUUUAACAGUCACAGAGACCUUCACAGACACACACACACACACACA